AUGGAUCAGGAGGCCGAAGUCCCCUCGUAUUUUGUGUGUUCAAUAUCCAUGCAAAUCAUGCGGGAUCCUGUAACCGUCUGCACGGGCGUCACCUACGAAAGGGAGAGCAUUGAGAAAUGGAUAUAUAAGUUGCGGAAGAACACUUGCCCCGCAACAAUGCAAGUCCUCCACAACCGGCAGCUCACACCCAACCACACCCUCCGCCGCCUCAUUCAGCAGUGGAGCAUCGCCAACUCCUCCAUGGGCGUCCCACGCAUCACGCCACCCGACGAUCCCCUCGAUACCAAACACCUCAACGGAUUGCUGCGAGACAUCGAAGCCUGCCCAUCGCCGCCCUUUCUUUUGAAGGCCUUGAAAAGACUGAGGGCACUGGCAGACAAGAACGACACCAACAAACGGUGCAUCGCUUCAUCGAAAGCACCGGCUGCCUUGAUUUCCAUCAUUGAAAGCCAAUCCGCAGAAGCCGACGAAACCGGAUGCUGCUGCGAUGUCGCGGUUGCAUGCGAAGAAGCCUUGCGGAUUCUCCAUUCUCUUCACUUGCCGGACGAGGCCUUAGAUCCGCUUGUCACCCCCAGAUGCCUGGCUUCGCUUGGUUCUAUUCUUAAGAGGGGCACCUCCAACUCUCGCCUUUAUGCCGCCAUGCUCUUACAGAAAGCGUCAAUGAAAAGCGUAGAACAAUUUGUAAUGAACGGCAACGAUGAUUUAAUGGAAGGGCUGCUAGAGCUGGUGACGGAGGAGGUGUGUCAGAAAGCUACAGUGGCCGCCCUGCAAGUGCUAACCGCAAUGGCUAUCAACAGCCAGCGGAGCAGAAUGAAAGCUGUCGAGGCAGGGGCAGUCUCCAUCUUGAUCGAAUCGCUUCCCGAGCAGACGGCGGAGAGGAAGAGCAGCUGCGAGAGAAUGUUAUGUCUUCUCGACGUGUUAUGCAGAUGCUCCGAAGGAAGGGUUGCAAUGGCCGAUCACGCCAUGGGCAUCCCUGCGAUCUCUAAGAAAAUGUUGCGAGUAUCACAAUCGGCAACUGAGAAAGCUGUAGGGAUCCUUUGGUCGCUUUGCCGAUUCUGUCCGUCAGAGCGUAUUUUAAAGGAGAUGUUGGAGGUCGGCACCGUGAUAAAGUUGUUGAUGCUCCUGCAGGCCGACUGCACGCCCAAAACAAAGUGGAAGGCAACGGAGAUGCUGAGACUGCAUGAAAAAGGAGAAACCCCCGCACCUCAAUUGAAGGAGGAUCUUUGCGCUUUAAGCUUAUUCGCAACCUUUGAUAAAGCGCAAGAUUGUAUCUGA